UCUGGGACCGGUUCUCGGUCGGAUUGUGCGCAGCGUGUUACAGACUGCCUUACAGCCCUGCGACGCGGCAGUGUCGAUACGACCAGCGUUGGUAGCAGGUCUACGUCAGGCGACCCGAGCGUGAUGCGAGAGGUCGAACCGGAGUCCCGCUGGCUGGGCCCGUAGACAGCUGCAGGCAACGGCGAUACGAAGGAAUCAUGGAAGAGGUCUUUCAGAACGGCAAUUACCAGAGGGAGGCUAACGCCAACAUGACCGCGAUGGAGACGCGGAAGGAGGACUGCCUGCUCGACCACAUGGAGAUCUCAAUAGUGGAGGCCGAGAAGAGGGCGAAUAGAGCGCUUAAUUUAAGAGAAUUCUACACGGUAUACCUCAUUGAAACUAAAGUCACCGACUUGGAUUUCAAAAACGCGCUGACUAGGAUAAGCUCGCUAUGGCGGCGAUAUACCGAGUUCGAGUUGCUACGCGCUUACCUGGAGAUUUCGUAUCCCUACAUCGUGCUACCGCCGCUACCAGAGAAGAAGGUUCUCUACGCUUGGCAGAAAGUGACGACCGACACGUUCGAUCCCGACUUCGUCGACCGCAGAAGGGCUGGACUCGAGAACUUCCUUGUAAGGGUCGCGUCGCAUCCCAUACUUUCGCGCGACGAACAUUUCAUGGGGUUUCUUCAGCAGAAGGACGGUUGGAGAGAAAGUGUUAAGGAAACAGGGUAUCUGCAGAUCGCAGAAUCGAAGCUGAAAGCGCUUAGCGUAGCGGUACGAUUAAGAAAGCCAGACAAACGGUUCGAAACUAUAAAAAAUUAUGGAAUUGAACUGCAGAAUAACUUGUGCAAUCUCCUGCGAGUGCGUGCACGGCUCGUCGAAAAGCAGCACAGUCUAUAUAAGUUGCAUGCAAAUUAUGGGCGUGUCUUCAGCGAAUGGAGUGCCAUAGAGAAAGGAAUGGGUGACGAACUGCAGAAAUCGGGGCACUACUUGGACUCGUUAGCGGCGACGAUAGAUACUACGCUCGAGGAGGAAGAGCUCAUAGCGGAUCAGCUCAAGGAGUGGCUCUUUGGCGCAUCGGCGUUGCAGGCUGUGGUUAGACGCAGAGAAGCCCUGCAACUGGCUAAAGACGAAGCGCACGAUGCCUUGACUGCCACGUUCGAGCAGAAAGACAAGGUCAUGCAAGGUAAGGCCGGUUUGAUGUCGCGCUUAUUCGGCUCUGUAGACACCGAGGAGGUUCGCGAGUUGAAAAUCCUUCAGCUGGAACAGCGAAUUGCGCAGCACGAUGAAACUGUGAAGCAAGUGGACGAGGAUUUGAAGUCUUUCUCCAUUAAAGCCAUGAUGGACAUCGAGAGGUUCCAACAUCAAAAAGUCGUCGAUCUGAAAGAGACUUUGGCAGCUUAUUGUGUUCUGCAAUUUAAGCUAGCUAGGAAGGGUGUUCAAGCUUGGCAGCACAUCAAAGGUUGUCUCGAAAGUAUACCGUGAAAAAUUCACGACACUUCGCGAAACAGACUGUCACAGAACAAUAAUCGUCUUUACGUUUCUCAUACGAUAUACAUUCCUGUAUCUGUAAGUUCACUCAUGCCGUACGCUUAUCACAUCGAUGUACAUGAUUGUUACUAUUUAAAAUAUCAGACUAUAAGGGAUAUUAUAUGUAUGUAAUUCAUGUUGGAUAUAUAUAUACAUAUAUAUAUAUAAAUAUGUCGGAACACAUUUAAAUAUUUAUAUGUCUUUAGUACACCGCUUAUGCGCGAAAGAUCGUACUUAAUCGUGUAUGAAUUACGAUACACGAAUCGUAUAUGACUUGUAAAAUUUGCUAUAUGCAAAUGACGAUAGAUG